AUGCCCUCCACUGUUAACGCACCACCCAAGACGAUGCAGUUUCAGAGCUUAACGCAUGCUUUUUUCGGUGUGCGCCAGGGCGUAAACGCGGUGGUCAGACAAGCCUUCGCGCAAGCAGUUGCUGCGGCCUUUCCCACAGUCCAACAUAGGCCUAUCGUUGCCACCUCCAAGUUUGGCGAUUUCCAAUGCAAUAGUGCACCUUCGCUCUUCAAGACACACAAGGCGACCCUUGGCCUCAAGUCCCCUAAGGAGGUUGCAGAAAAGAUAAAGGAGAACCUUCAUACCGACAUCUUCGAAAAAGUCGAGACUUCACCGCAAGGAUUCAUAACCGUCAAUUUUUCUUCUGCAUGGAUCGAGAAGCGUCUGAAGGAAGUUCUCUCAGCCCCUAUAAAGGUGGAGGCCGAUAAAAGGUUAAAGGUCUUGGUCGACUUUUCAUCUCCAAAUGUAGCGAAAGAGAUGCAUGUUGGACACCUGAGGUCCACCAUCAUUGGGGAGUCUCUAUCCCGCCUGUUGGAAUUUGUUGGCCAUGAGGUUGAUAGAGUAAAUCACAUCGGAGAUUGGGGAACGCAAUUCGGGAUGCUUAUCCAGUACAUCAUGCAGGAGCACCCCGAUUGUGCGACAAACACACCAGCCAUCGGAGAUCUGCAGGUCCUAUAUAGAGCGUCGAAAGAAAGAUUUGAUCGAGACGAGGAAUUCAAGGCCAAAGCGAGGGAGGCAGUUGUGGCCUUGCAGAGCGGAGACCCCACAGCUCUCCAGUUGUGGAAGGCCAUAUGUGACGUGAGCCGCAAGGAGUUUGAAAAGGUGUACAGCCGGCUGGGAGUCAAACUGAGAGAGAUGGGAGAGUCGGCGUAUAACGAGAUGCUGCCCUCGGUCUUUGAGGAGCUAAGGAAAAAGGAAUUGCUGAAGGAGAGCGCGGGAGCGCAAUGCUUGUUUACGUCAAUCAACAAUGUGCCGCUAAUGGCAGUGAAGAGCGAUGGGGGCUACGGCUACGACUCGACGGACCUUGCGUCCAUUCGACACAGGCUCGUGGAGUGUCGCAACGACUGGGUGAUCUACAUUACUGACAUGGGCCAAGAAGAGCACUUCUUGAAGCUUUUUGAGGCCGCUAGGAUGGCAGGUUGGCAUACCCCUGGUCAGACUAGAUGCUCGCACGCAGGCUUUGGCGUGGUGCAAGGCUCCGACGGGAAGAAGUUUAAGACCCGCAGCGGAGAGGUGGUCAGACUUGUCGAUCUCUUGGAUCAAGCUGUGAGCCGAGCGAAGGAGGAACUGGACAGGCGCGCACUCGAGGAAGGAGAAGAAGCGGCAGCGUCCUCCAUUGGUGUCAACGAGCGCGCGGAAGUGAUGGGGUAUUCGGCCGUGAAGUACUUUGACCUGAAGCAGAACCGCACGACCGAUUAUCAGUUCUCAUUUGACAAGAUGCUAGAUCCUAGAGGCAAUACGGCUGUAUAUCUGUUGUAUGCCUACGCCCGCAUUUGUUCCAUCUUCAGAAAAGCCGGGAUGGAUCCCAAGACGCUAGAGCCAAGCUGCCUGCGAAUCGGCGAGCCGUGUGAGAGGCAGCUGGCCUUCCUCCUGCUGCAGCUUCCGGAUGUCCUUUAUGGAAUCCUUGACGACCUCAUGCUCCACAGGUUGGCAGAAUUCACAUAUAGGGUGACCUGCCUCUUUUCGGACUUUUACAUGAACUGCAAGGUGCUGGAUCAGGAUGAAGAGACACGCAGCAGCCGCCUUCUUCUCUGUGAAGCUACGCGAAAGGUCAUGUGUGUUGCCUUUCAUAUUCUUGGGAUAAUUCCGCUAGAAAGAAUCUAG